AUGGAGUUGAUGUCAAGCAGUGAGGACGAAGGCGACUCGUCGACGUCACUUUCUGCAAAUCAAAUUUCUCUUCAGUUGUCAAGUAGUCAAGAUAGUCUUAAUGAAGAAUUGUUCACUCCACCCUCGCGCAUCUACGUCAACGAUAGGCCGACAUUAAUGAGUCACAAGCCUGUCGUAUCUGCACGUCAGCUUAUGGGACUUGAGUCGAAAUCAGAGAAUAAUGACAAAAGAGAAAUCCAUGGGAUUGCUGCUAAUUCGCACGUCACGACCAAGACAGUGUCUCAAAGUGGCGAGAAGAAGAACCUUACAACCGGCGAGCGAAUUGCCUUGAAAUAUGGCUUAACAGCGGCUUCUCAAAUACCUUCUCAAAACAAUGUAAGGGACCCUCGAAUGAUAGACUCAAGUAGCUCAUUGGCUUUAUCUCGGUACGACACAGUUGAUGACAGUGUGACAGAGAGGGAGGAUAUAACUACUGGAACUGAAAAAAGAUCAUUCUGGGAUGCUCAGACGUCUGGACUGGAUACCAAAGAUCAUUUGUCAUCACAACUUACUUACGUAUCGCCAUUCAGCGAUCCGAAUGCAUUUGUGAACACAAAGUGGAGGAGACAAAUGCAACAACAACCAAUACUGAGUCAAGAAGAAAUGAAACAUGCGCGUGACACUUUUUACAACGACUUAUCGAGUGGUGUACAAGAUGUUGGUGCUCGACCACGACAUCUCAUCGGCUCCGCUAUCCCCGCGCUUGACGAUGCAGAGGAAUGGAUAUCAGAUGCAAAAGAAUCAGGCUUAGAAGAUAACGAGGUGGCUAAUCGAUUGAUCAUAGGAAAAUCUAAAAUCAGAAACAUAAACAAUUCUGGGCAAAACAAACAAGAAGUAAGACAAUCACGAAAAAGACUGAAGAUAGAACAGAGCGGCUUUGUUGAUGGAAAAGAAGGCUUUACUGGUGAACGGUGGCCGCAGCUUGAUCCGCCAAAGAUACAAGCCGGCCCUUUGGUGCUGUCAUCAUCUGAACAUCAUGGAUCAAGGACAUUUGAAGUUUGCGCUAGUCUAAAUAGCUAUUUACUUGACUACCAACGCCAAGGAGUCGAGUUUUUAUUCAAAGCUUACAACUGUAACACUGGUGCGAUUUUAGGUGAUGACAUGGGUCUUGGUAAGACAAUUCAAAUCAUUGCGUUUUUGUCAGCAAUCAUGGGCAAACAAGGUGAUUACCGUGAUAAAGAGACGUGGCAAAAAAUACUAUUACAGCGUCGAAAAAGAUUUAGCGACUCUGGCGCCGUAGGUCAUCCUGAAGAUUCCGGAUUCUGCUUUUCCGAUGAGAUUUCACCGAUUUUUAUCGUCAUGCCCGCAUCACUGCUUCAAAAUUGGGAACAGGAGCUGCAUACCUGGAUGAGCUGCACCACAGUCAUUUUACGUGGCAAACCAAUCGACCGUGACGCGAUUAUUGACCAAAUUGCAAGAGGUGAAUUUGAAAUUGUCAUUUGCAGCUACGAUAUCUUGAAAACGCACUCGAGUCGACUGAACAAAAUAUCAUGGGAAGUUGUUAUUUUAGACGAGAUGCAUUGCUUGAAAAAUCCUGAGUCCAAGCUCACGAAAGCUGUAAAGGGAAUUAGGUGUCGCAAAAAGCUUGGUCUUACCGGCACAUUGAUGCAAAACAAUGAAAAGGAGUUGCAUUGUCUAGUCGACACUAUCGCACCGGGGGCUAUUGGAACUUGGGCGGAGUUCAGCUUGUAUUACGGACAAGAUAUAAAAUACGGACGAAAGAAGUCUGCAGCUCCGGAAGCGGUGAAGAGAAGCCGUCAGAAAGAGAUUGAGCUUCGACGAAAACUUAGUCCGUACUACCUUAGACGAGAGAAAGGGAUCAAUCCGACAUUUCAAGUGGUUAAGAAAUGUGACCAAGUCGUGUUUUGUGAUCUCACGCAAAUGCAAAUGGCUGCGUAUCAACGAGUUUUGGCCAUGCCUGAGUUUCAGUUGCUCCAGCGCGGGGACGAAAGGUGUGAUUGUAAUCGAGAUAGUAUGGAAAAGCGGAAAAGUUGCUGCUAUAAGACACCUGCUGAUCUUGGCGAACGUCCUGGCUUGCUCUACGAACGUUUUCAUGAGCAGGGACCAUGCAAAAAUUGCCCUAAUUGUAUGGGUCUUCCCUGUGUGGCCAUGCUUUUGAAGCUUUCAAAUCAUUUAGAAUUGCUCAAAGUCAAUCCUCACGACGGGCCAGAGGUUCAACAUUAUCAAGAAGAAUUUGCCAAGACCGCCUUUGGUUCAGAUCUAGAGGAGGUUGGAGGUGUGAAUCAAGUGUCAAAUUUCAAAGAAAUGUGUUCAAUAUCUACGAAAACUUGCGGGAAAAUGAUUGUGUUGGAAAAGCUGCUCGCUGUGUGGAAAAAGCGUCGCGAAAAGACGCUAAUCUUUAGCAGAAGUACACGGAUGUUGGAUAUUAUUCAGCUCUUUUUGAUUACAAAAGCAACGAGAUACAGCAGACUAGACGGAAACACGAAGGUCGAAGAGCGCUUGAAGAUGGUGAAUGAAUUUAAUAGUGAUGACAGCCAUACUGCUGUAUUCUUGAUCAGCACAAGAGCUGGUGGUGUAGGUCUAAAUCUGCAAAGUGCAACAAAUGUCGUCAUUUUUGACCCAAGCUGGAACCCAGCCCAUGAUUGCCAGGCUCAAGAUCGAGCUUAUCGAAUUGGCCAAACUAAAGAUGUGCAAGUGUAUAGACUCAUUACUUUAGGCACAAUUGAAGAAAUGAUUUACGUUCGACAAAUUUACAAGCAGCAACUCAGUGACAGUACGCUGAAGGGCUUCAAUGCGCCGCGAUAUUUUGAGGGUGUCCAAGGUAAUCCACAGCAACAAGGAGAGCUUUUUGGCAUUGCAAAUUUGAUCUGUUGGAAACCGGGUGGUGUGCUCAAAGGAAUACAAGAUGCAUAUCAACACGGUCGUGACGGUUUAAUCACCCAGCAAAAUGGAGUUCAAUACAAUACUUCUUCGAUCAAAAAAACAGUCAAUAAAUCAGCAGCAAAGACACGGUCACAUGUCGUAGAUGAUGAUGAAGGCGAAAUGAUUGAAGUUGCUGCUGAACUUGUGUCGGAUAUUGUGGCAUUAAAUAGCCCGCCAGUAUCAUAUCUGGUUGAAGAAAAAACUAAGUGUAGUGAUGGUAGUGAGGAUGACAAAAUUGCGCUGAAUGGUGCUACAACUUUUCGACACGAAGAGAUUGUUGGAGAGCACAACGAUGAGGAGGGAGCUCUUUCUCAACACGACACGGCUAAAAUGAACAACGGGUCGGAAUUAGAAGCAGAAGCAGAAAAUUGUUGUGCAACACACAACGCAUUUGAUGCAUCCGACCAACAAUGA